ACGUGCCCGGAGCGCCGCAGCCGAGCCGCCCCGCGUCGCCGAGCUGCGCCCGCCCGGCCCCCGCCAUGGUGGCAUGGAUCAUCUCCAGGCUGGUGGUGCUAAUAUUUGGCACUCUUUACCCUGCAUAUUAUUCCUACAAGGCUGUGAAGUCAAAGGACAUUAAAGAAUAUGUCAAAUGGAUGAUGUACUGGAUUAUAUUUGCACUAUUCACCACAGCAGAGACAUUCACUGACAUCUUCCUUUGUUGGUUUCCAUUCUAUUAUGAACUAAAAAUAGCAUUUGUAGCCUGGCUGCUGUCUCCCUACACAAAAGGCUCCAGCCUCCUCUACAGGAAGUUUGUACAUCCCACACUGUCUUCAAAAGAAAAGGAAAUUGAUGAUUGCCUGGUCCAAGCGAAAGACCGAAGUUACGAUGCCCUUGUGCACUUUGGGAAGCGAGGCUUGAACGUGGCGGCCACGGCAGCAGUGAUGGCUGCUUCCAAGGUGGCUCGACUUUUUCCUUUUAUCUCCUCUUUGGACCUCAGAGAAGGGCAGGUAACCCUGUUGAGAGGUGUGACUAACUUCGAACUGAUCCAGUCGGGGAGAGAGGCCAGUAGCCACCUCUGCCUACCAGCCCAUGGUCUGGAUCCAAGCCCGGUGUCUCUCCUGCCGACACCCGUGUGUGUACAUGGACAAGGUGCCUUAUCGGAGCGACUCCGGAGCUUCAGCAUGCAGGAUCUCUCCACCAUCAGGGGAGACGGUGCCCCUGCUCCUUCGGGCCCCCCUCCACCGGGCCCUGGGCGGGCCAGCGGCAAGCAUGGCCAGCCUAAGAUGUCCAGGAGUGCUUCUGAGAGCGCUGGCAGCUCAGUGUGUACCUGCUGCUCCACCUGCAGAACCCGGAAAGUGGUUGAGGGCGAUGUGAAUGAGGGUGGUGUGAAGGCCUGGGGGCCCCACCAGGUCCAAAACCCACUGGCGUUUUCUGACGAGGAGGAGGAAGACCUGCUGGACUUCAUGUACAAGUUUAAAGCACCUCGAAAGACGGAGUUCCCCCUGGAGGUCUCCCCUCCUUCCCCUUCUGCUGAGCGCUGCAACCUGAGAGUCCAACUGAGGCAAGUUGGGAGCCCCCCUGCCCUCAGUGCAGAGACCCUUGUGAGACUCAGGCACCGCCUAGAAUCCUUCGAUCUCGCUUCAGGAAGAAAAGUACCUCAUCCUCAGCCACUGAAACCACUACCCUGCGCUGUGACUGGCAAAAACAAACCAAUCCACCCAAACGAAACCAACCCUAGAACCAUGCUUUGUUACAGAUGCUCCGUGAAGUACAUCUGAGACAUCUGGGUAAUGAUCCCAACUCUGGGUUCUAGAAGGUUGUAGAGGUUGCGUCUUCAUGAAUGUGACCUGCUGCUCAGCUCCACGGGCAGCAGUGGCUUGUGCCCUCUGUUUGCUUCCUGGGUUGUGUGGAGUGUGAGCCAGACAGAAGUGGCAUGUUCAUGGGCACUUGUAUUUCAUACAGGCUCACAUCUUUCAGGAAGAGAACAAACCGCCGUCUGAGGCGACUCCCUAAUUAGACUGAGAAUUUUAUCUGAAAAGAAGAAUCUGGUUGAAAUAGCAUCUCGGUCAGCGGCGGGUGCUCCCCACUGGAAGCGCCAAGCCUAAAUGUAGGACUCGUCUACUUGUGCUUAGAAUUGAUGUUUCCUUUCAGUGUGAUGCAUGCAGGGGUCACAACCCAGUUACUUAUACUUGGAUCGUGUUUGUUCACAGGUAGGCCCUGAACACGAGAAUUAGUGUCACGUACCACAUAGAGCCUACUGUCAGUCAGCUAUAAACAGGCCCAGUUAGAGACAGUGGCAUGACUGAGCUACACACACCUACGUCAGUCUUUGCUGAGGACACAUCGGCUGGAUCUUAGCCACAUCGGAAAGGGUUUUACUUGAAGUUGUUACCAGAUUGCAAAUGUAAAUCCCUUUUCCUCAUAAUGCCUCUGAAGGUGACUUGGUAAUUUACAAAAGGAUUUAGGAAAAUAAACCUAAAAGCAAAUGUGGGGUUCAGGAGGGCAAACAGAGGCUGUCUGUUUAAUGUUUGUGCCCCAUACCCACCAAUAGCUAAAUCCUGUUAGAAAACCUGUUUUCUUCAAGCUCACAAAGUAGUUUCAGACAGAGGAAAAAUAUAUGCUUUAAAAUGUAUUUACCUGUUAUCGGGAAUACCCAGAAUUAUCAGAAACAAAUGCAAAAAAAAAGCUUAUUAAGCAGCUUUUUAGCAACUUUUUUCUUCCUGGCCAAAAUAAUAAAUGCCUUUAGCAGCAGAGAUUAAAAUCCUAUUGUGAACAAGCUAUAUUUUCACCAUUUUACUGUGGAGAGUUUUAACAAGUAUGGGCUCUCAAGUUUGCACUCAACGAUGCCAAAAAUAACUUUGAAGCACUCUACUCUCAGACAAGCUGUAUUACUUCUCAUUUAAGAUUUAAAAAAAUAGAAAGGUACCCAAACUGCUGUCUUAACGUAACUAUUUUUCCUUCAGGUGUUGCUUAGGGAAUUGGUUUCUUUCUUAAAAACACUCACUGUACAACUGAGAGCAGCUGUCAUAUUUCUGGCAAAACGUGUUUACUUAUCCAACAAGCUGUAUAUUUGUGUGGACUGACGUAAAAAUGUGAAUGCCUCCAAGUGUACACAUAGUGGUGUGGAGUUCUGUCGAGACGAUAAAGCUGAAUGUUUUGAAUUUACUGAUUUACAGACACGGGCUGUUUACAAAAUGCUAAUGGAAAGUCUGUACCUUUCACGUAGCAACUUUUUCUUUGCUUUUGAGCACCUGUUCUGUUUCUGAGGAGACGAGAGAGGGUGUUGUACUUACAAACUGGAGAGUUAGGCAUAAUCCCUCCUGGCUUUGUGUGAAUAGCUUGCUCACUUUGCUGGCCUCUGAAUUGUGUGUUCUCCGUAGUAAACUGUCCGUGUGUCUGUGAUAACAGUGCUUGUCAACCACGACCGCCAUUGAGUACCUUCCUAGUUGUUCAUCUUGCACAGCACUGGAAAUGGUAAAGGAUGUGCUUCAUUCGUGAACGGCAGGCACCAGAGGACCGGCGUUCUGGAUGGUGACUGUGCACACUCCCCCUUAGUUUCUCUCUGUAAUCCUAGAGGACGAUCCAUCAUCAAAUAGUAUACUGGACUGUGCAUCAAAGGGAUGUAAAAUUACAGUAUUCCAAAGGUUGAAGUUCUGUUUUGUUAUAAUGCCUGAUCUAUAUCUUGAAUAAAGUCUUAACAUGU